AUGCAACGAAUACUCAAAAUCGAACUCAAAGUGAAGCUUUACAAGUUCCAAAAAGGACAAGAUCUCACCGAUGUUCAAAAGAAAACUAGGCUCGAUAGAGCGAAUGAGCUGUUGCGCUUGCACGAAAACAGCCAAUUGCCAAAUAUUGGCUUAUCUGAUGAGAAAAAUUUUCUAAUUGAGAAAUUCGUAAACAAACAAAAUGAUCGAAUUUAUUUAGAAGAGAGAUCAAACGAAAAUUUAGACAUUCGAAUGGUCACAAGAAGUCAAGUAGAACCGUUUGUGAUAGUUUGGGAGGCUGUGACGGUCGAUAGACGCUUUUCGUUGGUGUUUUUGGACCGCGGCGUCAAACUUAAUGCAAAUAUCUACUGCGAAAAAGUAUUGGAAAGUAUUCUGAAGUCCUGGAAAACCAAACAUUUCAAUCAGAAAGAGUGGACGUUUCAAGAAGAUUCUGCAUCAGAGUGUUAA